ACAUAAGACCAUAGUUUGACCAACACGUCACGGUACAAAAGUCUGUUUUCAACACGUUGUGUAAAUCUUACUGCUAGUUGCGAGUCAGUCUUAAAGCAUUUUUAGGCUAAAACCGGACCAGAAAAGGCCCAAAAGUGCUUUGGAUCAGGGAUGGGGCCUUGUAAGAUAUGGACCAAAAUCCUUGAGGCCCAUUCGGUCCAGAAGAAGUGAGCAGGUCGAGUCGAGUGAGAUCAGGUGGGCUGAGAUUUGACCUGGCUCAAAUAGCCCUCUCAAUCCCUUUCGACAAUUCACUACCACCAACCGAGCGCCAUCGUUGAACUGUUCGAACUUCGGACCAACGGACCAGCCCAUAAAUUUGACCGGUGAUCCCGAUUCCCCAGCAACCCUCAACCCCAAAUCCCCUCUCUCUCCCGCCGGCCACGACAUGGCCUCGCCGGCGCAGCUCACCGACGACCUCUUGUCGGACAUCUUCCUCCGUCUUCCGGAGCCGGCCGACCUCGUUCGCGCCGGGGCCGCCUGCGUCCCCUUCCGCCGCCUCGUCGCCGACCGCGCGUUCCUCUGCCGGUUCCGCUCGCUCCACCCCGCGCCGCUCCUCGGCUUCCUGGACCACAACGGCUUCCACCCGGCGCUCCCACCCCACGCAUCCGCCCCCGCUGCGCGAGCCGUCUCGCUCGCCGCGGAUUUCUCCUUCUCGUUCCUCCCCACCUCCUCCACGGGCCGCGGCUGGGUCGUGCGCGACGUCCGCGACGGCCGCGUCCUCCUCGACCGGACCCCCGAGGACGGAGGCGACAAGCCGCAGGUCUUCACGGAGAUAGCGGUGUGCGACCCCUUGCACCGGCGCAGCGUCCUUCUCCCCCUGAUCCCCGACGACCUGGCCACAGCGGUGGAGCACCCGCUCCGCUUGGAGUUCGACCGUUGGUGCGAGCCCUUCCUCGCCCCCCGCGGUGCCGACGGCGGGGACCCAGAGGAUGAGACUUCGUUCGGAGUGAUCUGUAUGGUGCAGUGCAAAGCCAAGCUCGUCGCCUUCGCCUUCUCUUCCACCACUGGGCAAUGGCGAGCCGUCGCGUCCCUGGCCUGGCGCGAUCUGAUGGCCGGCCUGGGCGUGUCGUCAAGGAGCCCUGCGUUCUCCGGGCGCCAGUACGCUCGCGGCUGCUUCUAUUGGGUUAUGGAUUGGCGGGACAAGUUUCUCGUGCUUGACGCUGGGAGGAUGGAAUUAUCCAUUGCUGACGUCCCACCUGGCUGCCAUAGGCGACAGAUCGCCAUUGUGGAGGCAGGGGAAGGCAGGGUUGGGAUGUUUGCGCUCCGCGACCAUGUUGCAGAUGGUGCAGUUAGCCUCCAUUAUACUGUAAGGCGAGACGAUGCCGAUGGUUCCAACCAGUGGCAGGUGGAGAAAACAAUCCCGCUGGAUCCUGGGUUUCGGUAUUACAUCAGGGGUGCUAUGGAGAGGUACAUGCUCCUGCUAAGGUUUCCUGAACACCUAAGCUUAGCAGGAGUGCAUGUAAGCUCAUCGGCGGAGAUUGAAGACUUGGAAUGUUUUUCGAUGGACAGCAGGACUUUGCAGCUUGAGAGAGUGUGCGAAUUGAAGCACCACAUUUUGCGUGCCUACAUAUAUACCAACUUUCCACCAUCCUUGUCGCCGCAGAGUAUCUAAAUGGCUUCUGUGGAGCCGACGAGGCGUGGCCAGCACAGCAUCUUGCCCUGAAGGCUCAAAUGAUUGCGCGUGAGCUUCUUGUAUGAACUGUUAGGCCUAGAGAGCUGUUUUUUUUUACCAAACGCUUAUUUCCAAAACAGUUUAUAGGUGAAGCUGUUUUUCCCCUCCUAUCACAAAGACAUAAGUUGGGAUGAAGCUGAAAA